CUUACCCUAGGGGCGUUGAUGAUUUCUGUGGACCGGUCGUCACCCUUAAAUAGUCGCCCGUCUUAAAGUAGAGCUAGAAGUCGUGAGCAUGUUACGGGGAUAACGUUGAUCCUCCUCCCAACCGUGAUACCGAGAACUAUAUUUUGUUUUUGUAAAGGUAUCCAUUCCAUUUCUGUUUGUCACUCUUGUUCUACAUUGCUCAAUAUGGAUGGAAGCACAGCCUACAGCCUACUGAGGAAAUUUCAGCAACUGCAAGAGGAAAGGGUUCACACAUACAAGAUAUUCCAUGAGGGGCAUAAGAUUUAUUUGAGCACUGGACCAAAUUAUGACUUUAUCCAAUUUCGUAAUCUGGUUCAGGAUAUUACCCAAGAUUUUAAACGAAUCUCUGAAGAAAUUAUAAAAAUUGAAUGCCAAUUGAGACAAAUGCAACCUGAGUUGUCCUUGCAUGUAGCCAAAGUUCAAGAUUAUGAGAAACGUCAACUAGAAUUGAUGGCUAGAUUGCAAUUGGCAAAACAGGAAUUGCAAGACAUGCGUCGUGUUAAGGAAGAAGCUGAAAACGACAUUCUUAUCCGUGAAGUGCAUUAUUUGAAGAAAGAAUUGGCUACAGUUCAGGAUAAGAUCAAUGAGAACAUGGAAGCAGUUUGCUAUCAGUUAGCUGAUCUUAUGUGACUUUUUUUUUAAAGUUUCCCUUUCAUAUUUUCACUUAUUUGUUGACAAUCUAAUGAAUACAGCACCUUUAUGCUUAACUGAAUAUAAUAUCCCUUUCCAGGACUAGCUAAAUACAAGCAGUACGAAAACCGA